ACCACCUAUGGUGAGGCUCACCUAACCUCUGAUCUCUUGCCCGUGAAGGCCAAAUGACCACUAGUUGCCCAGACCUGCCCCAGGCCUCUGGGUCCCUACAGAAAUCCCCUCAUGGAAGAUGGAAGCUUCUUUGUCCCAGGCCAGCCCAGGUGUGUUAUAAGGAUAUUUUCUGAAAGGACAACUGUAAAAACUAAACAGUAAGAAAACAACAGAGAAUGCGUCCCAGCUGGGAGAACGAACGUAUUUAUGGCCACGCAAGGACAGAGACAGAGGCCUGCGCUACCCUCCAGCAGGCGCUGCCUCGCGGCGACCCUGGAGCAGACUCCAUGGAGAUCAAACAGAAGCAAAGGCGAGCAGGCUUUCAACGCCAGGAAUGAGGCCUUCGGUUAGCCUACCCUCCCUGCGAUCGGAAGUGCGGACUGACCGCCGGAAGUAGCAUCUCCCCGGGACCGGAAGUGCUGGGGGUAACAAACGGAAGUUGAGAUCCCCGGGCCUCCGGUAGCUGUAGGUCUCUGUAGGGGCAGAGACAAGGGUUCGCCGACGGACGGCAUGGCGGGACUGGAGCUCUUGUCGGACCAGGGUUACCGGGUAGAUGGACGGCGUGCUGGGGAGCUGCGCAAGAUCCAGGCGCGCAUGGGCGUGUUUGCACAGGCUGACGGCUCGGCCUACAUCGAGCAGGGCAACACCAAGGCGCUGGCGGUGGUCUACGGGCCGCACGAGAUCCGGGGCUCCCGUGCUCGAGCCCUGCCAGACCGGGCCCUGGUGAACUGUCAGUAUAGUUCAGCAACCUUUAGCACAGGUGAGCGCAAGCGACGGCCACAUGGGGACCGUAAAUCCUGUGAGAUGGGCCUGCAACUACGCCAGACCUUCGAGGCAGCCAUCCUCACAAAGCUGCACCCACGCUCCCAGAUUGACAUCUAUGUGCAGGUGCUGCAGGCAGAUGGUGGAACCUACGCAGCUUGUGUGAAUGCAGCUACACUGGCAGUGCUGGAUGCUGGGAUACCCAUGAGAGACUUUGUGUGUGCGUGCUCAGCUGGCUUUGUGGAUGGCACAGCCCUGGCGGACCUCAGCCAUGUGGAGGAAGCAGCUGGUGGCCCUCAGCUGGCCCUCGCCCUGCUGCCAGCUGCAGGCCAGAUUGCAUUGCUUGAGAUGGAUGCCCGGCUGCAUGAGGACCACUUAGAGCGGGUGCUAGAGGCCGCUGCCCAGGCCGCCCGAGAUGUGCACACCCUGUUGGACCAUGUGGUCCGGCAGCAUGUGCGUGAAGCCUCUAUCUUGCUGGGAGACUGAGUACCCAGCCACCCAUCUCCAGAAUAAAGCCCUGUUCUAAUGCUUA